AUGCUAGUCCGAAUUAGUACCCUACCCAAGGAGAUUAAAGACCUCGUCUUAGCAGCCGCCGCUGUGCCUGACACGCGUCAGAAGGCCGGCAGCAGGAGGACCAAUAAGAGCGGCCCUAGCAUUGCACCAAUAGAAGAGGCUGCUUCUGUCGCUGCUGAUGCUACGGAUGCGACCAGGGCUGAUGGGACUGAGUCCGUAGCGAAUGUGGCUGUAGCGGAGACAGCUGUAGCGGCGUCAGUAGCAGCCGCAGAUGAGGCGGCAGCGGCUGUAGCAGCAGCAGCGGAGGUGAGGCAGAUGCUAGUAGCAGCCAGGCUGUCACGCUGGUCUGCAGGCCAGUUCCUGCCCUUCGGUAUAGUCACACAGAGCCUGGGGCCGGCAGGGGACGCUGAGACCGAAACGAGGGCGAUUCUGGCGCAGUUUGGGAUUCAUGGGGCGGAUUUCUCGCCAGAGGUGCUUGCAGAGUUGCCUUGUGGGGCUGGUGGGACGAGGGGUGAUAGUGAUGGUAAGGGUGGUGAUAAUAGUGAGGGUGAUACUAAUGAGGGUGUAAGCACCGGCGGCGGCAGCAGCAGCAGCAGCGGGUGGCAGAUUCCUGCAGAGGAGAUAGCAGUUCGCAGGGACUUUAGGGGCCAGCGGGUGUUCACUAUCGACCCUCCCACUGCUCGAGAUUUGGAUGAUGCUCUCUCUAUAACGAGGAUAAGGGCUGGGGGGGCUAAGGGGAAGAAAAAAGGAAAGGGGAAGGAGAAGGGGAAGGGGAAGGGGGGGUUAGGGAAGGUAGAGGGGGAGAAGGCAGAGGAGGAGAGAGAAGAGGAGGGGAAGGGGGAGAAGGAGGGAGGAGAGGAGGAGGAGGAAGAAGAGGAGGAGGAGUUGUACCAAGUGGGCGUUCACAUUGCUGACGUGUCAUACUUCAUACCGCCCGGAUCCGCACUAGAUGCCGAAGCCGCCCGGCGGUGCACGACAGUGUAUCUAAUCCAGCAGGCCAUGCCGAUGCUCCCCCGCCCGCUGUGCGAGGACCUCUGCUCGCUACAGCCGGGGGUUGACAGGCUGGCGUUCUCGGUGGUGUGGGAUGUGACUGUAACGGGGGAGGAGAUGAUCGAUGGGAGGUUUGGGGGAGGGGAGGAGGUGGCAGGGUGGGGGCGGGGAGGGGGAGAGGGGAAGAAGGGGAAGGAGGUGAGGGAGGAGGGGGAUGAUGAGAGUGGGAUUGGGAGUGUGAGUGAAGGGGGGAGUGAGGGGGCGGGGAGCAGAGGAGGGGACGGAGAGGGCGGAGAAGGCGGAGGGGGCGGAGGGGGAGGAGGCAGUGGAGGGGUGGGGAAGCUGGACGGCAGAGUGAACGAGGACUGGCGGCCGGUCGUAUACGGAGGCCACAGGUGGCACGAUGUGAUUGGAGACGUGCUGGCGCUGCACCGUAUAGCGCAGAGCCUGAGACGGGCAAGGGAGGAGAGGGGUGCGCUCAUGCAGCUGCAGACAUCCAAACUGAGGUUCUCCUUUGAUGCAGAGGAAGGGGAGGAGGGGGAGGAGGAGCUGGGGGGCAUUGGGGAUGUGGGCGUGGGUAACAACACCAACAACACCAACACCAACACCAACACCAGCACCAGCACCAGCAGCAGCGGUGGCGGUAGCAAUGGUAAUAAGUGGAGGCCUGUGGGUGCAGCGGUGGCGCCGGCAACAGCAGCAGCGAACCAUCUGGUGGAGGAGCUCAUGCUUCUGGCCAACACCACCGUGGCGAAUAUCAUUUCUCGCGCCUUCCCUUCCGAUGCUCUGCUCAGGCGCCACCCCCCGCCCAACGCCAAGAAGAUGGGCGAUUUCCUGCGCUUUGCCUGCCAGCAGGGUGUGCUCUCAGCAGGGUUCUGCAAGAAGCUGGUGCAAGAGUGCCCGGAAUUGAAGCAGCUUAUAGCGGGUACAAACGGGGCGGGAGGGGCUGGAGGCUUGGAGGAGAUGGGAGAAGGGGAGACGGAGGGAGGCGGGGGUGGCAUGGAUGGAGUGAUACCGUCCAAAGUGCUAAGUGAAAUACUUAACGAGGUGGGGCGGGCGGUGGAGGAUCCAGGGGAGAAAGCGCUGCUGCUGCUGAUGGCGACUGAACCCAUGCAGCUGGCUCAGUACUUCUGCCGAGGACAGUGGGGUGGGAAUGAUGGGGAUGGGGAUGGGGAUGGUGAUGGUGAUGAUGGUGGUGACGAUAAUGAUGGGUUUUUCAGGGGAGGUGGAUUUCGGGGAGGCAGAUCUGGGGGAGGCAGGUCUGGGGGAGGUAGAUCUGGGGGAGGCAGAUCUGGCAGGGGAGGUAGGUCUGGGGGAGGUAGAUCCGGGGGAGGUAUAUCUGUGGGAGGUAGUUCUGGUGGGAAAGUAGGUACAUCUGGUGGAGAAGGCGAAUGGACGUCCCAUUACGGGCUGGCCCUCGACCUGUACACGCAUUUCACCUCCCCGAUCCGCCGCUACACUGACGUCAUCGUGCACCGCCAGCUGGCGGCCGCGCUGGCGGCAGAGGAGAGGCUUAUAGCGAGGAUGGGGCUGAGCAGCAGUGUGAAGUGGGAGAAGAGGGGGUUGGGUGCAGGAGGGGAAGCAGGAGGAGCAGGAGAAGCAGGCGAAGCAGGAGAAGCAGGUGGGGCGACAAGUGAGAAAGGAGAGAGGGGUGGAGCAGAAGGAGCAGGAGGGAAUAGGCAUGAGGUGAGUGGUGAUGUCAACGUUACGCUGCUUAGGAAGCUGACUGGGAUAGCGGCUGGAGGUAGGGUGCUCACUGCUGUGGGGGAUCCGCUGGGGCUGCUGGCAGGGUGUGGAAGGAGUGGAGGGAGUGGAGGGAGUGGAGGGAGUGGAGGAGAGGGGAAGGGAGACGGGAGGGGAGAGUUUGCAGGGGAGGAGGGUAUGCAGGGAGGGCGAGGUGGGAGAGGAGGGACAGGAGGGAGAGGAGGGACAGGAGGGAGAGGAGGGACAGGAGGGAGAGGAGGGACAGGAGGGAGAGGAGGGACAGGAGGGAGACGGGGAGGGAGACGGGGAGGGAGAGGACGGGGAGGAGGAAGGGGAGGGCGAGGAGGAGGAGAGGGGAAUGAAGACAAGAAGAUCUUGUUACGUCGCGAGCUGGUAACCGCAGUGCGGCAUGAGUGCCAGCUGGUGCACAAGGAACGAGCGAUGCCGCCCGCCGACGCCGUCGCUGACGUGGCGACACGGUGCAACGAGAGGAAGCUCGCCGCCCGAUACGCGCAGGAGGCGAGCGAGCGGCUGUUCCUGUGCCUGCUGCUGCGCCGCACCCAGGGGUGCCUCUCCAACGCGCGGGCGAGUGCUACGCUUAUAUGCAAGCAGGAGGCGAGCGAGCGGCUGUUCCUGUGCCUGCUGCUGCGCCGCACCCAGGGGUGCCUUUCUAAGGCCUGGGUGACCGCAAUUGGGCCGCGCUACAUGAGCGUCUACAUUGAACGCUUUGGGAUGGAGCGACCCAUUCAUUUCAACUCCAUCCCCAACACCACCUGCCAAUGGGUUGCUGCCACUAGUACUGUCAUCAUCAGCGCCAAGCCUCCACCCUCCGAGGCUAACGCCAAGGCUCGGAACGGAAAGGCUCGGAAAGACCAUGCUCGGAACGGCGAGGCUGGGAGCGCCUCAGAGUGCAAGGCAGCAGCAGUGAAAGGUCUACCAGCAGAUGAUCUAGCCCAUCUGAUAUCACCAUCAGCGUUGGUUCAGAAUGAUGGUGGUGGUGGUGGUGGUGGUGGUGGUGGUGGUGGUGAGGAGAGCAGUACCAAUGCAGUGGCAAAUGUAGGUUUGGAGGAUUCUACUGGAAUUGCAGGCCUGGCAGCAGACGAUCUUGCCCGGAGCAUCUCGCCUGGUUUGCUCGAAGGAGAUGAUGACGCAGACGGUGGAGGAGGUGGUACUUAUAACGAGGAUGACAGUAUCUUGCUGGUUGAUGGAGGGCUGGCAGCUGCGGCGGAGGCGGCAGCGGGAGUGGGAGAUGAGGGAGAAGGGGGAGUGUUGCAGCCUGUGGUGCUGCCGCUGACUCUCCGUGUCAUGGCUCAGGUGCCUGUGUUUGUGCAUACCACAGGGGGUGGCAAGCAGAUGAUGGAUAUUGGGGCUCGUUUGUACGUUGGCUGA